UGAGCUUCGGCCUCUAUGGCCAGCCAGCGCAUGCUUCCAUCUGGGGCUCAGUCAAGCAUGGCAACUCCAAACUCAUCCGCAUGAACCAGGUUCAAGUUAUCGGCACCCACAACUCAUACCAUCGCGAAAUAGCGCUCUCGGAACGCAAAGCACUCGAGCAAUACAUUCCAGGAUUUGAAGAUCUAUAUUACUCGCACUCUUCUCUACAAGAUCAACUAGAAUACCAGCAAGUGCGCUCCUUCGAACUCGAUCUGCACUCCGACGAAGAAGGCGGUCUCUACGCCAACCCUCUGAUAUGGAAGCUGUCCAACCUCACCACCGGACCCAAUGGAACCGCACCAUAUGACAACACCGUGAUGCAGCAACCCGGCCUCAAAGUCUUCCACAUCACCGACGUCGACACCAACUCCGUCUGCCAUACCUUCACGGACUGCCUCACCCAACUCAAAACCUGGUCCGACGCCAACCCGACCCAUCUCCCCAUCACAAUCGACCUCGAACUCAAAACCGACGCCUUCGCCGCAGCCCUCGGCGGCGUGAACUCCACCGAAGCAACCUCUUUCACCCUUCCCCGGAUCCUCAACGUCGAUACGGAAAUCCUCUCUAUCCUCCCCCGCUCCAAACUCAUCGUCCCCGACGACAUUCGACGCAAAGACCUAACACUCGAAGCCUCCGUCCUCAAACAUGGCUGGCCCACAAUGGAGAAAGCGCGAGGGAAAUUCAUGUUCUUCUUCGACAACGACCCUUCCAAUUCAACCACCGAUAUCCGAACCUUGUACCGCUCCGAUGGCCACGAAUCGCUCCAAGACCGCAUCGUAUUCACGAAUGCAGUCGAAGGCGAAGAGGAUUGUGCUUUUAUCAAGUAUAAUAAUCCUUAUGAUAUUAAAGCAAUUCAACGACUCGUGCGAUUGGGAUAUUAUGUUCGGACGCGAUCCGAUGAGCCGAUUUCCACUGUUUUGGAGAAUAAUACAACGAUGCGGGACGCGGCGUUCACGAGCGGUGCGCAGAUUAUCAGUACAGAUUUUCCGGUUUAUGGGAUGAGUUCGAGAUGGGAUCGAGAUUACGCAGUGACAUUGGGGAGGGGGAAAGUGGCGAAGUGUAAUCAUGUAACUGCACCAUCGUGGUGUAAGGAUGAGAUGGUGCAGGAUUAGAAGUGGAUGCUCAUGUAUAUAGAGGAUGGAAGAUGUGCAUGGAGCUGGGACGAUGGAAGUAAUGU